AAACGAAACAGUUGUACAGUUCUGUACUGGGAAUAGGGACGUGUUUUGUUUGUGUUCCUACAUAGAAUCUCACGUACAAUCAGUAUGGCACCUCUGCAAUUUCUCUUCUUCUUCCUCUCAGUGAUUACAUCAAAUGAAGGAUCUUCCAUCAAACCCUUUGUGAGCCUUGAUCCGAAUUGGGCCACGGUAUUCACCAAGGAAUCUGUAACUCUCACCUGCAACGUGGAUCCCCCUGAACCAAGAGACCAGAUCUAUUACUGGUACAGAGACAACCAAAUCGUCCCAUUGUAUCUUGGAGCAAAGAGUGUUAAAAUUGACCAUGCGAAACAGGAGCACGGGGGAAGCUAUCAGUGCCAAACAGCAGAAAGUGAUAAAAGUGAACCAGUCAGACUGCAAGUUACUCACAGUUGGCUCACACUGAAAGUACCACCAUUUGUAUUUGAAGGGGAUGAAUUAUAUGUGUCCUGUGCAGGGUAUCCUGGGUAUUCUGCCAGAGACGCUGUGUUGUACAAGGACAAUGAGGUUAUAGGAUCCUCUCCUUCUGAUGCUGAUUUUCUGGUUGGAACAACAAAUAUGACAACGAGUGGUUUGUACAGAUGCACCCGACAAGUGAAGGACGGUGUCGUAUAUUAUAGUUAUUCUAGUGAAGAACAUAUUUCUGUAAAAGAGCUAUUCUCCAAACCAGUGGCAAAAGUAACUGAAAGUCACUCAAAGCAAGGAAAAGUACUGACCAUAACAUGUGACACAAAGCUCAGCCCACGUAAAGCGACUACAGAGCUACAGUUUGCUUUCUACAGAAAUGGACGCAAUGUGCAGGGAUUCAGUUUAUCCAACCAACAUGGAGUCCCCUCAGCUCAGCUGGAGCAUUCUGGGAAUUAUACCUGUGAGGUACAAACUCCAACUGGCAGUGUGAGGAAGAGGAGCAAUAUGGCACAUAUCCAGAUACAGGAGAGGAGCUAUGCACCAAUUGGUAUAGGAGUCACUUUGGCUUUGCUGAUACUUGUUAUUAUUGUGGCUUUACUUGUCUACGAGUUCAGAAACAGAGUUGUCUCAUCCUUCUUGAACCGUCACAAUUGCUCAAUAAGAUCAGGAAUACCUGUAUUUUUGAAGAUAAUAAGUGAUAGAUGGGAUCUAUGCUUCAAAAAGAACACAGAACAUUAUGAUGACAUUCCUCUUCUUUGGGACACCUGGAAAUCUGUGAACAAUGAAUCAGUAGAAUAUCCCAGAAACAGACAAGAUAUGAAUUCCAAGCAUAUGGAAGUCUAAACAGAUUUAAAAGGCCAGCCAAGUCAGGGCGAGUGUAACAUCUGAGAGUCAGUCCCUCCCCCUCAUGGACACCAGGGGGCGCCUGCAGGACGACUUUAUCUGAAAUAAAGGAAAUGAUGUUUCUA